UGGGACCGGGUCCAUUCCUACGCGGACGGUUAAGAUCUAAUCUCGAAAUUGUACGCACAUCAGGUGCUACUUAUUAUCCCUCCCUCAGACUCGGUUAUUUUAGGGUUAGGAUUCCGUCUCAUUCGUGAUCUAACCAACUUCUGCAAUUCUCAUGGCUUCCGUUCCACCUCUCCCCAUGGAGGAGCAACCACCAACUACGGAGGAGCGACCAUCAAGUGAGAAGAAACAGGAACAAGAACACGAUUAUUUUCUGUCUCAUUUUGACGAAGAUACCGAUGAGGAAGAAAGCAGCCAGUCCGGUACUUGCGAAGCCGAGGAAUUUCGUGAGAUGACGGAUGCGGAGCAAAAAGCCUUUUCAGCUGCUUUCAAAGAGAGUGGUGGAUUUGAUGUUCCUCCUUUUCCUGGGGUUUAUUACAACGACCUAAUUACGCCCAUGAAUAUGAGUAAAGGUGGGCCGGAAUAUCUAUUCCGUUAUUCCGUGGCAGGGAUCGGCCGAUAUAAUGAAGAACAUGGAACCAACUAUGAGGUAGUCCGAGUGGAAAAGUGCAUGCAACAGGCUGCUCGCGGUAUUAAGUACUACAUAACCUUCCAUGCCAAGAAUAAGAUUGCUUCAGAGCAUGGCAGUGAUACUCCUAAAGCUGCUGAUGAUAGUAGCGAUAAAACUGAAAUCUUUGAGGCUUUGGUCUUGUUCGGUAUUCCAAAGGACAAAAAGGAUGAACCAAUCGAUGUGAUCUUUUGUAGGCUAAAGGGUACCAGGCCAGAUCUUUGAAAAUUUUGUGGAGGCGUUCAGCUGGUGGGUGAGAAGAGCACCAGAAGUUGAGCACGUCAUCUUGUUAAUGCUUCUUAUUUUAUAAUUUGAACCUCUAUCUAGAAUGUUUAUGUGUUAAGCGAUCUAAACUCAUCCGACGCUUUCGCUUACCGACUACAGUACUGUUGAUUAUAUAACUUUGUGCUGCUUCUAUGUUUAAUGAUUUAGCUAUGAAAACCACAUUAUCCUAAUUUCUUAUACUCAGCUUUAGGUGAGUUAGGGAACUUUUAUUCUGCUGUCACAGUGUUCAUGGCCCAUUUUCGCCCCAAAAGCUCUCGACGAGCUGUAUACGAAAUUAACAUCUAUAUAUCUAGUAGAAUGAAAUUUACGUCUGUAUUAUAUCUAGU